GUCUUCUAUACGACGACGACGACGACGGAGCGGAGGAGAAGAGGAGUGUGAAUUACAUUUUGUGGCCCAUGAGAAAAUGGACAAAAGCAUCGAUUUGAUCCCAUGUUUCUGGCUCUCCCAUCUCCAUCAGAUCAGGAGUUGGAAAUGUUGUCUUCAGAAAUGGCUUCCACCUAGCACCCAAAAAGAAAAAAGAAUGGCGGCCACCCAUCUGCAUGUUCAUGGUUGACAACUCACAGAACUCUCACCCUGUCUUACUCUUUCAACGCCACUCCUUUUCCUUUUUUCUACAUGGUAUUCCUUCCAUUUCUGUCUUUUGCUUCAAUCUUAUAAGCUAGGUUUUGCCAAGUUUUGAUUUUGGAUCCGUUUUGAUAAGAGAAGAAGAAAAAAAGUUUUGAUUUUGGGCAUUCGAGUAUCCUGUUUCGUCUUUGGGUGAUACUUUGGGGGCUUCGAUGCGGAGUUCUCCCAGAGGAUUUUACGGUUCGGAAGGUGUUUAAUCGAUUGGAAUCUCGGUGGCGUUGACAUGCGAUUCGAAGCGGAGGAUUGAGAUCACGAGAUGGAGCGGCGGAGUUGGCUGUGGAGGCGGAAGUCGAUCGACAAGUCGUCCCCCGGUGAGACCGAGAGCUCGUUGUCUGCAUCUUCAGAUAGGCACUCGGAUGAACAGCAGGAGGGGCUAAGAAUUUCUUCAGUUAAUUCUCCAAAUAAUGCUCAUUCACCAGAGGUUUCAUUGAAGGAUGUUAAUCAUGAGGUCGAUGAAACUAUUCAGACUUUGAAUGAGAAGCUAUCAGCUGCUUUGCUGAACAUCAAUGCUAAAGAAGAGUUGGUGAAACAGCAUGGAAGAAUUGCAGAAGAAGCUGUUUUAGGCUGGGAAAAUGCAGAAAAGGAAGUGACAUCCCUAAAACGGCAGCUCGAAGCUGCUUCAAAGAAGAGCUCGUCCCUUGAAGAUAGAGUUGUUCAUCUUGAUGCUGCCCUUAAGGAAUGCCUAAGUCAGCUCCGGCUUACAAGGGACGAGCAAGAGCAGAAAGUUCAUGAUGCUGUCAUUCAGAAAACACAUGAAUGGGAGUCUGUAAAAAUGGAUCUUGAAAUCAAACUAAUUGAGCUUCAAGCUAAAGCUGAAAUUUCUACUUCUUUAGACCGUGAACUUCACUUGAAAAUUGAAAGCCUUGAGAGGGAAAAAAUUCUCCUUGAAGAGGAGGUCACGACGCUUCAGAAGGAUCUCCAAAUGCAAACAUUAGAUUUGGAGCUUAGCGCUAGAACUGCAGAAACAGCUAGCAAACAACAUUUAGACAGCAUAAAGAAAGUAGCCAAGCUCGAAGUUGAAUGCCGUAGAUUACUAGCUGCUGCACGUAAAUCCUCUUUGACUGAUGAGCAAAAGCUCAUUACUAACUCACACUAUGCUGAGUCUGUCACCGAUAGCCAAUCAAAUGCAGGUGAGUUAUUGUUGAGCUUGGACAAUGAGCAAAGUUGUUCAGAUUCAUGGACGUCAACCUUAAUGGCAGAACUCAAUAUGUCGAAAAAUGAAAAGGUUAGCAUGAGAAAUCUCACCACGUCUAAUGAAAUAGAACUAAUGGAUGAUUUCCUUGAGAUGGAAAAACUUGCUGGGUUGCCAGAUUCUGACCGUAGAAAUUCUUAUAUUGCUCAUGCUGAUUCUUUGGAUACUACUGUUAAUGCUGAUGGCUCUUCAAGAAAAGAAUAUGUGACUAUCUGUGCACAUAAGCCUGAGUUGAAAGUGAUGGUUGAGACAAUGCCAUGCGAGAAAGUUGCAACGCAAAUGUCCUUAGAUGAAAUGAACUGGCUGAAGAAUUCACGCGAUCAGCUGGUCGCAGCUGAAGAUAAAUUGGCAGAGUUGCAAAGGUAUGUCAAUUUGGUUAAUGGGGAAAAGUAUGCCUUUGAGAUGGAACUAGAAGCAGCAGAGGAAAAGAAAAAUGAAAUAGAAAUGCAGCUUGCAUCAGCACACAGCAAAAAUGCUAAUCUACACGAGAGAAUAAGCAUACUGGAAAGCAAAUUUCAGGAAGAGCAACAAUUGUCUGCUGCAAUCAAAGCAAGGUGUGAACAUACGGAGGCAAUGGAAGCAAAAUUGAAAAAGAUGGAACUUGAGCUUGAGUCAGCAUAUUGUGAAAUUGCAGAGUUGAAGGCGAAAGUUGGUUUGUUAGAAGGAAAAGUUGCAGAAGAGAAAUCAUUGUCCUCUGAGUUGGCAUCUAGGUGUCAGAAAAUGGAAGUAUUGAAGGAAAAGAAAGAGGGAGUAGAAGGUCAGCUUGAGUCGGCAAAUCUGGAACUUCACAUUCUAAGGGAGAAAGUUGACUCAUUGGAAAUGAAACUCCAAGAAGAGAAGGUAUUUUCAACAGAGAUUUUAACUAAGUGCCAAGCUAUGGUGGACAUGGAUGCCAAGAGAAAGGAACUGGAGUGUCAAGUUAGAGCAAAAGAUUUGGAAGUUAGUGCAUUACAAGUGAAAGCCAACACUCUGGAAGAGAAAUUCAAGGAGGAAAGAGCACGGUCCUCAGAACUUGCAGCUAAUAUAGAGAUGAAAGAAUCAAAGAGAAUAGAAUCUGUCGUGCAACUUGAGUUGGCACAAGUGGAAGUUGGGUGCCUCCAGGAGAAGUUGCUGGCACUGGAGAAACAAAUUGAAGAGAAGACAACAUCUACAAAACUUGCGACAGAAUACCACAACUUGGAGCAUGAGAUAUCCAACAAGCUUAAUGAAACUAAAUUCCAUUCGUUUGCAAGCUCAGAAAGGGUCCUGAAUAUUAGACAGGUGGAAGAGAACACUGUGGCUGCCAGGAAGCUUGCAGAGUGCCAGAGGACAAUAGCCUCUCUUGACCAGCAGUUGAAAACCUUGGCAAACUUUGAUGUUUUCAUGCUUCAAUCAGUGAAGGCAGGGUCAUAUGGAGAUCUACUAGAUUUAGGAAUGGAACCUGAAUUUUAUUAUUCUCGCAUUUCUCCUGAGAGCUUGGCGCUUUCUUCAGGUAUGUCCAACAACAAAAAGAUCAUCACCCCAUAGUCAUCUUGAUAAUUUUUUUUUAUAUUCAUUAGAAAAAUAGAAAAUAAUCAUACAGAAACCAGUGGAAAUGUAUAUUAUUGAGGGGGAAAGGGAAGUGUGUAUGUGGAAAAGAUGUAAGUCAAUAAUACAAUUUGGUUGAAAUUA